UGGCCCUAACCCGAAACAUCUUCAUUUCAAUCGACAGCGAGAGAGAUCAAGGGAGAGAGAGAUUAAGAGAGAGAUGAGGAAAUUCGAUCCAUGGCCAGUGUUUUUCAAGAGAGAGUGGAACCGCAACUGGCCUUUUCUCGUCGGUUUCGCCAUCACUGGCACUAUCAUCACCAAGUUCUCUCUGGGUCUCACUGAUGAGGAUGCCAAGAAUUCUCCUUUUGUUCAGAGGCACAAGAAGUCGACUUGAUGCCGUUGCUCUUUGGUGAUAGGCACAAUCAUUGAAGACGAUAGAUUUCUUUCUUUAUUCCCCCAUUGUAUUUCAUAAAGGGAUUUGAUGUAGUACUUGAGCUUGUGUUGUAGUCUAGAUUUGUUCUUUUCAUGUUAUCCAUUGCUUGGAAAAAGUUUGAGAUGGGCAGGUUUUGAGUGUCAAAUAUUUUGCCUGAUCAUACAAUCAGAAAAAUUCGUAAUAAAGAACAAGUACUCUGAUUUCUUA